AUGAAUCAUUUCAGCACCGACCUUGGGCUGCAUGGCAGGGCCUUCGCUGGGAAUCUGUUCCUCUUCACAUCCGACCAGAUCCUCGACACCGUCAUCCCAGGUACUGCCUUCGGCAUUCUCGCCGCCCUCUCAGGCUCCAUUCUUGAUCUUCCAGAUCAAUGGGCUGGUUCCAUCCUUGUCCGUGCCCCUUGGGUCGCUCUCUGGCUGUGGCUCGUCAUACUGCAAUUCUGCGUGCAGAAUCAGCGCAGUCCCAGCUCCGUCGCUGAAGACACUAUCAACAAGCCCUGGCGCCCCAUUCCCGCUGGCCGUAUGACCUCCGAGCAGGCGGACCUACUGUUAUCAGGUACCAACAUCGCUGCCGGGCUGCUGAGCUACUACCUCGAUGUCAUGCCCAUCUUCUUGGUCUACGUGUGUUUCAUCACCGCGUACAACGACUUCGGGGGCGGUAACAAGUCCGGUGUUGUCCGUAAUGUGUUCUGUGGCGCGGGUUUCUCGUGCUACUUCGGCGGUGCGCUGAGCAUUGCACUCGGUCCGCACGCUAUGAGCGCUGCGGCAUGGAAUUGGACGUUCAUGCUUGCUCUCGGUAUUCUCGCUACUACGAUUCAAACGCAAGAGUUUCGUGACGAAGUGGGCGAUAAGGCUCGUGGGCGUCGUACGCUAGUUACUGAGCUGGGUCGUGAGCGCGCGUUCUGGACUGUCUUAGUGACGGUGGCGUUCUGGUCGCUGUACACCCCUCUGCACUUCUUCAAAGGCCGCUGGAUGACUGCUCUUUUGCCAAUGAUGUUUGGUGGUCCUCUAUUUGCUACAGCCGUGGAGGCUUACUAUAAGGGCAGCAACAUGCUGGAUCGUAAGCUGUACAAGAUCUGGUGUGUCUGGAUGUUCAGUUUUUGCCCUCUGCCCUUGUUGGUUAGCAAGCUGGCUUAG